CAGCAACAGCCUGACUCCGCUCAUCGCCACCUAUUGCCGGGGGAGUGAAGAGAAGCGACAGUUAGAGAGGCCAAAAUCCAAAUGUCAGGGGGUGAGUCAGUGCGAGAGACUAGUUGCAUACGAGGUGUGGUUCAACCAAAUGCGAUAUUGUAGAAAUAAGUCUUGAGUCGAGAUUUAAACAUUUCGACAGAGGCUAAGCAGAAAAUGCUCUAGAACCUUCUGACUUCGUUUUAGCUCUCGGAGUCCCAAAAAAGACCAGCAUGUCGUGACCAUAAGGCUCAGGAUGGAGUGAGAAAAUAAAAGAUCAACAAAUUUAACAAGACACUAAUGGGAGCACGUUGGCCAAGUUGUUAGCACGUCUACUAAGUUUACAUGUUCUCUUUGUGCUUGCGUGGGUUUUCCAAGCUCAAGCUUCCUCCCACAUUCAAAAACAUGGUUAAAAAAAGACUAAUGUGGUGUCAUCACACCUGUUGCUUUAUUAGAGCGAUGGACUCGAGUAACUUCUUCUUUUGUUGCAUAUCUUCAGCUCACUGGAGAGCUUUGAGAAAGGUUUCAAGACAAUGGAGGUCACGACUCUAUCUGUCUUUCCCAUUAAUAAAACCACUUCAACUGGAGAGGACUUCAAUGACUCAAAUGACCUUUUUGGGAACCAAACAAGCGAUCCAUACGCUCAGCUGAGGCAUUCUCUCAAUAUCAUGUCAAUUGUCAUUUACUCCCUGGCUUUCGUCCUGGGCGUGCUGGGCAAUGGCGUUGUUAUCUGGGUAACUGGAUUCAUGAUGAAGAAAACCGUUAAUACAGUAUGGUUCCUCAACCUUGCCGUGGCUGACUUCCUCUUCACAGCCUUCCUUCCUUUGAGUGUGGUUUACACUGCUCUACAAUUCCACUGGCCCUUCGGGACAUUCAUGUGUAAGCUAAGUAGUGCAGUUAGUGCUCUCAACAUGUUCGCCAGUGUUUACAUCCUGAUGGUGAUCAGCAUUGACCGAUGCAUGUCUGUGGUGUUCCCUGUUUGGGCCCAGAAUCACCGUAGUGUCCAGAAGGCUUCCCGUGUGAGUGUGUGUGCUUGGGUGUUGGCACUGAUUCUAAGCACUCCAUUCUUCGUCUUCAGGGACACAGGCCCAUCGUUCUUCAGUAAAGAUGUCAUUAACUGCUUCAACAACUUUGUAUUUUCUGAGGACUUUACACCAGAGCUGAAUCAGCUCCGAUUGUUCCGCCAUCAGGCCAUAACAGUGACUCGCUUCCUCCUGAGUUUUGCUAUCCCCUUCACCGUCAUUGUCUCCUGUUACGCUGCCAUCAUCCAUCGCCUCAGAAAGAAUCCCAACCUGGCCAGCCAAUCAAGCCGCACCUUUAAGAUCAUUGCUGCCGUUAUAAUUGUUUUUUUCCUCUGCUGGGCUCCCUUUCACAUCCUUGUUUUAAUGGAGCUAACCAGUUACAAGUACACAAGUGUAGUAUUCCAAAGUGUCGUAACGCUCGGGCUCCCAAUUGCCACGAGCUUGGCCUUCAUCAACAGCUGCCUAAAUCCACUGCUCUAUGUGUUCAUGGGACAAGAUUUCAAGGCUAAAGUUUGCAAAUCCAUUGUGAAAGCACUGGAGACUGCUUUUCAGGAAGAAGGCUCUCAUGCAGACUCAAAGACAGUUGAAACCAGUCAGGGCAAUGAAAAUAGUUACGUUUGAGUCUCUUGGAGACACGGUUCCAACAGAUACAGAAACAUUACAUUGUAAAUAAUUGCAACAAAAAUGUAAAUGUUGCUGUUUUAGCUUUUGCAGUCUUUAUUCGUAGUUUGGGUGUCUAAAUCUUGACUUGAACCACUGACUUAAUGAAUACAGGUACAUCUCAAUAAUUUGGAAAAGUAUAGAAAAGUUAAUUUCUUUCAGUACUCAUACAUUAUAUACAUUUAUUAUACACUUGAGAAAAUACUUUUCGGAGGGAAAAUUCCUGCCUAAUUUCAACAUUAAAAAUCAUUUUCAUUGUUUGUUGAAUUUUUUUUUUUUUUUUUACACAAUUUUCGAGUUUUUAGAAAUGAAGGAUUUGAGGUUUUCAUUUGCUAUAAGCUAUAAUCAAACAUAUUUUAAAAAACAUCAUGAAAUAUUUCACUCUGAGUGUCCGUAGUGCUUAUCUAUAAUGAGUUUUACUUUUUGAAUUGAACUAACUAAACUCCUGACACUAUUCUAUUUUAUUGAGAUGUACCUGUAUAUUGUUCCUGCAUGUUGUGUUAAAAAUGCAUGGCUAAAUAACCAAUUAAAUUGUGCAUCUCCA